CAGUAUAUUUAUAUCAUACUCCGUAACAUUUUCUACGUACGACGACUAACCAAAUUAAACAUGUGUAUGCAUGUAUUGUGUUAAUUGCCGCAUGCAGCAAAUAAACCUCUACUCGUACAACUACAGUACGUCACGAACGAGUGAGGUUGUUCCCUGUGGUAGUCCCUACUGCUUCCCCCCAAAGACAGAGGACUGCCCUCUCCGCGCACCCAACACUUACCCAUGCCCCUACGAAGUCGUCUAUAUGGCCAAGAACACUUCGACCAGGGGCAUUCUCGUCAAAGACGUUAUGCACCUCGAAACCUACGACGACAACCAAACCCGUAGCAGCGCACCGGUGAUAUUCGGGUGCGGACAAGUUGAAACGGGUGAUCUUCUUGGCGAGGGUCUGGUCAACGGGUUACUCGGGUUGGGGUACGGUGCGCUGGACGUGACAAGCCUCCUAUCGUCCCAAGGGUUGGUUCGGAACUCAUUCUCUAUGUGUUUCGCGCCAAAUGGGUACGGUAGGUUUGCUUUUGGGGAUCUGGGUGACCUGGAUCAGAUGUCAACCCCAUUUUUACCUACCUUUGACCAGAGAAUCUUCUGGGUCCAAAUCCACCUCUUUGCACUGGCGUACAAUGCGAGACGGAUGAUUAAUGUGCUAACUACCCAUGCAAGGAGGGUUACCACGGGUUCUGCACACAUAUGGACCAUAAUCCGUUUGGUGAUUGCUGCUGUUGGCCAAUUAAGCCGCCAAAGGCAGGCUGUGGCUGAUUUUCUUGUGGAGAUGACGGGUCACCAGGAAGAAGAACCGGCCAGGGCCAUCACUGAGCUUUGGUGGUCCAUGUCGGUCGAUGGAGCCUCUGGACCAAAAGGUUAUGGGGGAGGUGUGGUAUUCACAACUCCGGAAGGGUUUAAGGUAUAUCAUGCCUUGAUUUUUAAUUUCAAGCUCACAAACAAUGAGGCUGAGUAUGAGGCGUUGAUAGGGGGCCUGAGAUUGGCCAAAACCCUACAAAUCACAUGCCUCGGGAUCAAGUCCGGUUCAAGCUUGGUGGUAGGCCACAUCAAUGGCAACAUGGAGGCCAAAGGAGAGAAGAUGCAGAAAUACAGAGACUUGGCAAGGGAACUAUUGAAGGACCUGACUGACCCCGGAGCAUGUGUCCAAGCUGAGACACUGGAGAAAGCCAGCAUUGAAGGAUUUUCUGUUAGCGUGAUAGAAGAAGAUGGACACGCCAAUCCAGAUCGAGUGGAGCCAGAUGACAUUUGGAUGGAUGAUCUGGUCAGGUAUUACAUGACCGGGCAAUUCCCUGAAGAUGAGGACAUGGUGAGAAAAGUAAAGUUGAGGGCUCCAAGAUUCCAAAUGCUCGAGGGAAGGCUAUACAAAAGAGCAUUCGGUGGUCCAUUGCUAAGGUGCUUGACCAGGGCAGAGGCAGAAAGAGUGAUCGUCGAAGUUCAUGAGGGUGUCUGCGCCGCCCACCAAAUGUCCAGGACGCUCACGCAAAGGAUCAUUUUGCUAGGUUAUUUCUGGCCUACAAUGAACCAAGAUUGCAAGAGGAACGAAUUGGUUAGAGGAGUUGCCACAUAUCAUCUGGGUGGAAGACCGGUUGAAGUGGAGGACUUCAACAUCAUCGUCGUCAUCUUCGAUGAUGGUGGACAUCCUGUUGAAGUUCAUGUCUGCCAAAAAGAACAAAGCAACAAGUGACCGGUUAUCCUCAGCGUCAUGGGUCGCAGACGCACCCCCAUCCGGGUUAGGUAGCCGGAAUACCCAGCCUCCAUAGGCAUAAGGUUUCCCGG